UCAGCUGAGUAGAAAAAAGCAUGAGUUCUAAGCCAUUCCCUAUGUUAAUCUUCAUCCUCAAAACCUAUAUUUUAAUCUCCCUUUUAACUCUCAAAGCAACUGCAAAUGAAACCAUAGAAAUAGGUGCAAUUGUUGACAUAAAUUCCCGUAUUGGGAAGGAACAGAAAACAGCCAUAGGUAUAGCAGUUGAGAAUUAUAACCAUGACAAAAGAAACCACAAGCAGCUUAUAACAGUUCAUUUUAGGAACACCAGCAAGGAUGCAGUUGAGGACCUUUCCACAGCUGAAGAUCUUGUUGAGAAAAACAAUGUCAAGAUGAUAGUUGUAGGCAUGCAGACUUGGGAAGAAACUGCUUUAGUAGCUGAUAUUGGGAAAAGGCAUCAAGUUCCAAUUACCUCUUUUGUUACAGCUUCCUACACACCAGAGUUGGUGCAGCUAAAAUGGCCUUUCUUGGUGCAAAUGAGUUCAAGUAGCUUGGAACAAAUUAAUUGUAUAUCUGCUAUUGUUCGUUCGUACCUGUGGAGGAAAGUCAUAAUAAUUUAUGAAGAUGACAUGUAUAGUGAUUCUAGUGUCCUUGCAGUUUUAUCUGAAACACUUAAAGGUGAUGGUGCAGAAAUAGAGCAUCAAGUAAUUCUUCCACAAACCUCUUCUCUAUCCGAUCCAAGGGAAGUUGUUCGACGAGAGGUUGUGAAGUUACUAAGGAAACAAUCAAGGGUAUUUGUCGUUCUUCGCUCAUCAGUAUCCACUGCAAGUCAUUUGUUUAAAGAAGCCAAAGAGAUUGGACUUAUGGGAAGAGAUUCAGCUUGGAUACUUGCAGACUCUCUCGCUGAUCUCUUGGAUUCUGUUCAUACCCCCUUUAUUUCAUCUAUCCAAGGAGCUUUAGGAAUCAAAACUCACUACUCAGAAGCCACUAAGUCUUUCCAAGAUUUUAAAGGUCAAUUCCAAAAGAUUUUCCUGUCUGAGUACCCUAUGGAAGAUCACUCAGAGCCUGGAAUUCAUGCUCUAAAAGCAUAUGACAGUAUCACAGCUUUUGCUAUGGCUGUGAACAAUUUGGGUACAAAGACUUCCAAUGACUCAAAGUUACUGAAAAACAGAAUUCUUUCGAGCAAUUUCACAGGUUUGAGUGGCCAAGUUAGCUUUGUUGAUGGAGCAUUGUCACACCCUUCAACAUUUAGGAUUGUAAACGUCGUAGGAAACAGGUAUAAAAGACUUGGCUUUUGGUCAUCAAAGGUUGGGUUCUCGGAAGUUGUUGAAGCUGAAAAUGGGGGGAGAAUCCAAGUUAAUGGUUCCCAUACCAUGAAGUCUAGUGAGGUAAAGUGGCCGGGGGAAUUGAACCGUGUCCCAAAAGGGUGGGCAAUGCCUACUGAUUCAAAACCAUUAAUCAUUGGUGUUCCAGGGAGAACCACUUUUGAGAAAUUUGUAAAGGUUGAAAAGGUGGCAAAUUCAAAUGAAAGGAAGUAUAGUGGUUUCUGUAUUGAUCUUUUCAAAGAAGUACUUAAAAUUUUGGAGCAAAAUUAUACACUACCUUAUGAAUUUGAACCAUAUGAUGGCUCAUAUCCUGACCUGGUUCAGCAAGUUAUUAAUAGGAGGUAUGAUGCUAUUGUUGGAGACAUGACGAUAUUAGCUGAAAGGAUAAAAUACGUGGAGUUCACACAGCCAUUUGCAGAAUCAGGAUUGACCAUGGUGGUUCCAGUGAAGUUUGAUGGAUCGAAGAAGGCAUGGAUGUUCUUGAAGCCUUUCACUAUAAGCAUGUGGAUAGUAACAGGUUCUAUCUUAGUUUACACAAUGCUUGUAGUUUGGUUCAUGGAGCAUCAGUCGAAUCCUGAAUUUAGAGGCCGGUGGAAAGAUCAACUUGGAACUGCAAUGUGGUUUACAUUCUCUUCACUGUUUUUUGCUCACCGGGAAAAAAUCAAGAGCAACUACACGAAGAUUGUAGUCGUAGUUUGGCUUUUCCUGGUCUUUGUGCUGACCUCGAGUUAUACAGCUUCUUUGACUUCAAUGCUGACUGUUCCAAGACUGGAACCAAGUGUGAAAGACAUAAAUUGGAUAAAGAGAACAAACACAACAGUUGGAUGUGAUGGUGAUUCCUUUGUUAAGGAUUAUUUGAGGCAAGUCCUGGAGCUUCAAAAUAUCAAGAACAUUAGCAAUCAGGAAGAUUACCCAAAGGAAUUUGAAAGUGGAAACAUCAAAGCAGCCUUUCUUGAAAUCCCAUAUCAGAAGGUUUUCCUUAGAGAGCAUUGCAACCAGUAUGUUGUAGCUGGUCCUAAUUACAGAUUUGGCGGACUAGCCUUUGUGUUCCAGAAAGGCUCUCCGCUAGCUCGUGAUGUGUCUGAAGCCAUACUGACUCUAACACAAGAUGGUACGCUUAACAGUUUGGAAGAACGUUGGUUUGCUUUGUCAAGGAAUUGUGACAAUGUUGAUGCUAGUAAUGAAACAGAAAGUCUCACCCUAGGGAGCUUCUGGGGCUUAUAUCUAGUGUCUGGUGCAACAUCUACUGUCUGUCUGCUAUUUUUCCUGUGGCGUUUAUGCAGAAGAUCCUGGCAACAGAGUCAAGCAUAUUAUGACAAUGUAGUUCAUCCAUCAACUGAUCAAAGUUUCUGGACAAAGACAGCUAGAAUUAUACGGUAUUACCAAAAGGACAAGCCUGCAGUAUCUUUAAGGAGAGUAACAUCUGGUCGGGCAGCAGGGCUCGGGGUAGAGGAGAGAGGGGCUUCGUCAAGGUGGCACUUGGUGAGUCCUUCAGACGCUGCACAGGUUUUUGAUGGCUCUUCCCAACAUCCUCAAUCUUCCCUAGAAAUGGGGAAUUUAAGGUCGGAAUGAAGUAGAAUUAUUCAGAUUGUAACAAAAUGUCUAAUAUAUACUAGACUCAGUGUAGGUUCGUAUACUAAUUUCUCGUAGGUAUUUAAUGAUUCCUCAAUUAUCCAUUUAAUGAUUUUGACAGACUUAUAAAUUGUAGACUAGUGUAUUCUUUGGUUAGGUUUGAGUAACACUGUCAGAAAGCUAAUUUCAUGCACAGUAGUUGAAGGGCAUCUAUUUCUGGUAUUAAGAGAGUGCACUUAACAUUUUGGCUC